GCCUACGACGGACGAAAGGAAAGAGCAAUUAAAUGGAGAACGCGAGCUAAAGACAGCGAAUGAUAAAAGUGAAACCGAAAAAGGUUAAGGUUAUACGAAAGGCAAGAGAUAGUAGAAUAUAGAAAACAUAUAGAAACCACGACAUGUCCAGUUGGAGUUUGGCCAGUGCGGUCUCGCCAAAUGUCACCAGUGGCGAUGUCAUUCGGUUAACGAACUUAAAGUCCAGUUCGGAGACCAACCUGCCAACACGAGGGUCAGGUGGAUCCGGAGGACAUGGCGGAUCUGGAGGACUACCACGCCCCACGACACCCGUGCCUGCCAAGAAAUUGGCCUCCAAGAGACCACCGCACUUGACCUUGAAUGUUAAGUCGAAAUCCCAUGAUGCUCCGCUGGCAGAAACGGAAAACAUGGUGCUCUCCACAAGUGAAUCCAUCUACGGAACUCCGAUGGGCGCCACUCCCAUUUCCUCACCUGCCAACCAAAGUCAACGGAGUCAAAAGAGCCAGAAUAGUGUCGAGAGCCGCUACAGCACUAGUACUGCAACUAGCGGAGGAUCCAUUUUCCCCCACGAGCAGUACAAAACCAUCAAGAAAAUCAACAUAGGAUUCGAGAACAUACGCUACACCACCAAAUUCGGAAUCUUCCAGAGGGAGACCAAAGAUGUGCUCAAGGGAUUAACAGGUUACUUCAAGUCGGGAGAGCUAAGUGCCGUGGUGGGACCUUCAGGAGCAGGAAAGAGCACAUUGCUUAAUAUCCUGUCUGGAUACACAAUACAUGGCUAUACGGGUGAUUUUCGAGUCAAUGGUAAUAGGCGGGAUUUGAAGGCCUUCAAGCCUAAUGUGGCCUUCAUCCGCCAGGAUACGAGUCUGCAGGCCUUUCUCUCCGUCAAGGAAGCUAUGCAUUUUGCGGCCAACUUAAAGAUCGGUACCCACAUGACCCUUAAUGAGAAAAAAGAGCGGGUGAAGAGCAUUCUCGAGGCCAUUGGGAUGUAUGAGAACCGGCAUACGAGGACUGGCAAUCUCAGUGGAGGUCAGAGAAAGCGUCUUGCCAUUGCCCUGGAACUGGUGAACAAUCCACCAGUUCUGAUCUUGGACGAACCCACAAGUGGCUUGGAUAGUUCAACCUCCAAUCAGUUGAUUAAUCUACUCAAGAAACUCGCCCUCGAGGGACGAACUGUUAUUUGCACAAUCCAUCAGCCAAGUGCCUUGACCUUUGCCAUGUUCGAUCACCUGUACGCCAUUGGCGAGGGCCAGUGCAUCUACGCCGGUGGAUCCCAAAACCUUCUGCCCUUUUUGGGAGCCCUCAAUUUGCACUGCCCGGAGUCCUACAACCCAGCCGAUUACUUAAUGGAAAUAGCCACUCACGACUAUGACACGGAGGAGGAUAACCAGCUGGAGAAGCUGGUGGCCCUGAUGGACAAUGGACGCAACGAGGAUUACAGACAGAGCAAGUCUGCCCGAGUAGCGCAACUGGCAGCCUUGAAGAAAGUUGACCAACUAAUGGCAGCGGGAUUAAUCACACCCGUGACAGCCCCCGUAAUGUCUUCAUCAGUUUCAGUGCCUUUCCCACAGAGCAGUACCUUUAAGCCAUUAACUCCCAUCAAUGAGCUCUCUUCCCGGGUGUGGGACAGCCAAACGGCUGGAAUCGGAAGCGGUGAUGUUGGCGGACCGUCCGCUGGAAGCUGCUGUAAGCCCAAGAAGAAGAAACCCAAGCCAGCCAUAGAGUUGGAUCCAUCCCACCUGUGUAAGAGGCAGAACAUCUACGCCACUCCAUUCUACCGCCAGCUAAGCAUUCUUCUCGUGAGAACUUUCUUGUUGAUUUGGCGGGACAGCUCGCUGACCACGAUGCGGUUCGCCAUUCACCUGAUCACGGGACUUCUAAUAGGAAUCCUCUACUUUGGUAUCGGCAACGAUGCCGCCAACACGCUUAACAUCAUUCGAUACCUCUUCUACACGAUCAUGUUCAUCAUGUACUGUGCCUUCUCGGGAAUUCUAGUGAAAUUUCCUCUGGAGUUUCCUAUUGUGUCACGGGAGCAUUUUAAUCGCUGGUACUCCUUGAGAGCGUAUUAUGUGGCCAUUACCCUGGCCGACCUGCCCAUCCAGAUUAUCUGCAGUGCUCUUUUCAUAGUGCCCACUUAUCUGAUGACCCAACAGCCUUUGGAACUCUGGCGGUUCGGUCUCUUCUUCCUGAUUGUGUUCGUCACGGCACUGGUCUCGCAGAGCAUUGGAUUAGCAGUGGGAGCGGCACUUAGCCUUAAAUUGGGAUCCAUUUUGGGACCCCUAUUCAUAUGCCCGUUCCUUCAGUUCAGUGGAUUCUUUCUGAUGGAGAAGGACGCUCCGGCCUGUUUGCGUUGGAUGUUCGACAUAUCCUUCCUCAAGUACAGUCUGGAGGGAUCCAUGAUGGCCAUUUUUGGAUACGGUCGCGAACGGUUAGAGUGCGAGGAGAUGUACUGCCAUCUGAGGAUGCCCAACCAAAUACUCAAGACUAUGGACAUGGCCAAUGCCAACUAUACACUCGCCCUCGUCUUUCUGCUCAGCAUUUUGGUCUUUCUGCGCAUCUUAGCGUUCUACAUCAUGUCCUUCCGCCUUAGAUUGUUCAGAUCAAUCUGCCGCCGUCCAAUGGACGAUAACGCAGUGCAAAUUCAGGCUAACGGCCUGGCCCAAAAGCAAAAGGCAGUAGAGCUGCAUUUUAGCCAAGUAAGCUACAGUUUGAAGGGAGCCACCAAGGGAUCCAGUCCCAUUCUGAACGAGGCAUGUGGUGUCUUCAAGUCAGGACGUCUAACAGCUAUUCUGGGUCCCUCGGGAGCCGGGAAGUCCACAUUGCUCAAUGCUCUAGCAGGAUUCAAACUCCAAGGAGUUUCAGGACAGUUCCUGUUGAAUGGUCGCCCCAGGGAUAUGAUGACCUUUCGGAAAAUGUCCGCUUAUAUUGCUCAAGACUUUGUGAUGCUGAAUCUCCUGAGCGUCGAAGAGACCUUGCGAGUUUCCGUUGACCUGAAGAUGCCCAGUUCAACAGUUCCUCAGGAAAAACAGAAAAUUAUAGAUGACAUAAUCGACGUACUGCAGCUGCAAUCCUGUCGCAGGACUCUGGUUAAAAAUCUAUCCGGUGGGGAGCACAAGCGCCUGUCCAUUGGCAUUGAGCUGGUCACCAAUCCGCCCAUUAUGUUCUUCGAUGAACCCACCAGUGGACUGGAUUGCGUGGCCAGCUACCAGGUGAUCUGUCAUUUGCAGAGACUGGCCCACGAUGGCAGGAUAGUGGUGUGUGUGGUGCAUCAGCCGGGAUCGCGGCUCUUUCAGCUUUUCGAUGACGUCCUGGUGUUGGCUCACGGGGAGGUUCUCUAUGCCGGCGAACAGCGAGAAAUGUUGGGAACCUUUGCUCAAUCCGGUCACAUCUGCCCACAGUACUACAAUCCUGCGGAUUUCGCCCUGGAAGUGUGCAGCCAAUCCUCCACCACGGAGCGCUGUGACUCUCUCAUCACUCAGAACAAGAAUUUUCAUUGCAACUCCAGCAACGUUGUCAAGCUCCAAGUGGAUGAGGAGACAGCGCUGAUUGAUGUCCAUAAGGAUGCCCAGGACUUGUCACAUUUGCGUGGUAAGGAGCAGGUGGGCUUCUGGAUUCAGUUAAGUGUCCUGCUUCGACGCCACCUGCGAUCCAUGUGGAGGGAUUUGGUUGCAGUUCAGAUGCGAGUGGUGAUGCAUGUGGUGGUGGCCCUGCUCUUGGGCGUGGUCUACUGGCAGAUAGGUAGCGAUGCAGGCAAAAUCGUGUCCAAUGUAUCCUGCCUGUUCUUUGUGAUCCUGUUCGUGUUCGCCGGCAAUGCGAUGCCCUCGAUCCUGCUGUGUAUGCAGGAUUCGGCUGUCUUCAUCCGAGAGUACUACAAUGGAUGGUACUCCCUAGGAGCUUACUACCUCUCUAAGGUUUUGGCUGAUCUUCCCAUGCAGCUCACCUGUCCCACACUGUUCAUCAGCAUCGGGUAUUUUAUGACGGGUCAGCCCCCGGAGCAACACCGAUUUGCCAUGUGUUGGGGGAUUUGUGUGAUGACCGCGUUCAUUGGCCACUUUAUCGGGGUGAUUGCGGGAUCCAUGUUCCCCAUGCAGUUGGCCAUAUUCCUGGUGCCGAGUGCCACGAUUCCAUUCCUCCUAUUCUCUGGCUUCUUCAUCAGACUGAACGAGCUCUCCUGGUUCCUGCGUCCCAUCUGCAAUGUGUCCUUCUUUAGAUACAUCUUCGAGGGUCUCAUGAGGGCCAUCUAUGGAUACGAUCGCGGGGAACUAGAGUGCCAUGCCGCUAUGAAUUUCUGUUACUACAGGACGGCGGACCAGUUCCUCAAGGACUUCGAUAUGCAGGGCGAUGAGUUUGGCUGGGACAUUGCUGUUCUGGGGUUUUUCGUGAUCCUUCUGCUCCUCGCCUUCUUUGUGACCCUUACCACGGUCAUACGACGAGCUCUUCGGUGAUACAAUUACUUAGUUCAGAAUGUAAAAAAUUAUAAAGGGUGGCUUAAAGUUAUUGAAAAUAAAGUGUUAAUAUAUUUAAGGGGUUUUUAAAAACAA